AUGCUUAUUGAUGAACAAGGAAGUAUUGUAUCUAAUCAUGAACAAAGAACAUAUAUGCGCGCUCAUGAUUGUAAAACAAAAUUUAACAUCUAUCUACUUUAUCCACAUCGUUCCAAACAUUCAUCAACAAAUUAUUCGAUUCGUGUUGAUCUUUUUGACAAGUCAACAUUAGAUUAUUGGACGAGUUGGUAUUUGCCAAUUCCAUUUCAGUUUCUACCUGUAAAUCGAAUAUCGACUCAAUUAAUCAUUCAUGAAGUACGAGAAAAUACAAUAUGUACACUGUCAUGUGGAGAACAUGGUCGAUGA